AUGCAGACGCACCGGGGUGGAAGUGGAACGGAGCACAUUGCGCACGCUCUGGUCAUUGGCGCUUUCUCGCUCAUCGGCGUCAUCUUCGUCCCAAUUGGCCUCGCCUCGCUGGCUGCAUCACAGAAUACUGUUGAGUUGAUAGAUCGAUAUGAUGCCGAGUGCGUAUCCGCGAACGACAAGGUCGGGUUCAUUCAGGAUACCAAGACUGACAAAGCGUGCACAAGAAAGAUCACUGUGCCAAAGCCAAUGAAAGGGCCGAUACACAUAUACUAUCAGCUUGAAAAUUUCUAUCAGAAUCAUCGCCGGUACGUGAAGAGUCGUAACGACAAGCAGUUGCUGUACAAGGAUGCUGCGAGCACGAUAACAAACUGUGAGCCUGAAGCCACCAGUGAAGACGGCGGCGCGCCCAUCGUGCCCUGCGGUCUCAUCGCUUGGAGCUUGUUCAACGACACCUACUCCUUCUCUCUCAACAAGAAGGCCGUCGAGGUGAACAAGAAGAACAUUGCCUGGGACAGCGACAAGAACAAAAAGUUUGGCAGCGAUGUCUUCCCCAGCAAUUUCCAGAAAGGGGGACUGAUCGGCGGUGCUAAACUGAACGAGAAAAUACCACUGAGUGAGCAGGAGGACCUCAUUGUCUGGAUGAGAACCGCGGCCCUCCCGACGUUCAGGAAGCUGUACGGCAGGAUCGAGUCGGACAUAAUGGCGAGCGACGAGAUCACGGUGGUGAUCCAGAACAACUACAACACGUACAGCUUCGGGGGCACGAAGGCGCUGGUGCUGUCCACCACGUCGUGGAUCGGCGGCAGGAACAACUUCAUCGGCGUCGCGUACGUCGCCAUCGGCGGCAUCUGCCUCUUCCUCGCCAUGGGCUUCGUCAUCCUCUACGUGAUUAAGCCAAGGGCCCUUGGAGACCCUAACUACUUGUCAUGGAACAAAGAAAACCCAGACCAUCCCAACUGA